CUUCCGGCGCGCCUUCUCCCGCCUACUGAGUCAAAGCACUACGACCUGCAGUCAUUUUUAGAAUAUGUCGAGCGCUCCAAGCUCAAUGUCGAAAGCACCGUCUACCGUGGAACGCACUUCGAGUACACCGUUGCUGAAACCUUGGCGAGAUUGGGCUUUCAAAUCCAUCGUGUAGGCCGUUCUAACGAUCUUGGUAUCGACUUAAUUGGCUACUGGCAUCUACCACCCGCCUCGAAAGACAGCCAAAGCUUCAAGCUGCCUGUCGUCAUCCAGUGCAAAGCUGCAAAGCCUACGCCAGCAAUGAUCCGCGAGCUGGAGGGAGCCUCCUCCGGCGCGCCAGCGGGGUGGCGUGGGGACGGGGUGCUUGCAUUGUUGGCUAGUACGAGUGAGAGUACUGCAGGCGUCAGUGCUGCUGUACAGCGCUCUGAGCUACCGCUAGGAGUGCUUCAAAUUACCCGAGAGGGUAUCGUGAAGCAGUUCAUCUGGAACGUGGCUGCCGCCGGGGCUGGAUUGGAAGGCUUG